CGCGGCCGGGCGGGCGCAGUCGGGAGCCGGCCGUGGUCGCGCCGGGCCCUCCGCGGCGGCUCCGUGCGUCCGAGCGUCCGUCCGCGCCGUCGGCCAUGGCCCAGCGCUCCUCUGGCCCCAUGCGCCGCUGCCUGCGGGCGCUGGUGCUGUGCUGCGCCUGGGGCGCGCUGGCGGUGGUGGCUCAGAAGCCGGGCGCCGGGUGUCCUAGCCGCUGCCUCUGCUUCCGCACCACCGUGCGCUGCAUGCAUCUGCUGCUGGAGGCCGUGCCUGCCGUGGCGCCGCAGACCUCCAUCCUAGAUCUUCGCUUUAACAGAAUCAGAGAGAUCCAACCUGGGGCAUUCAGGCGGCUGAGGAACCUGAACACCUUGCUUCUCAAUAAUAAUCAGAUCAAGAGGAUACCUAGUGGAGCAUUUGAAGACUUGGAAAAUUUAAAAUAUCUCUAUCUGUACAAGAAUGAGAUCCAGUCAAUUGACAGGCAAGCGUUUAAGGGACUUGCCUCUCUAGAGCAACUAUACCUGCACUUUAAUCAGAUAGAAACUUUGGACCCAGAGUCAUUCCAGCAUCUCCCGAAGCUUGAGAGGCUAUUUUUACAUAACAACCGGAUUACACAUUUAGUUCCAGGGACAUUUAAUCACUUGGAAUCUAUGAAGAGACUGCGGUUGGACUCAAACACACUUCACUGCGACUGUGAAAUCCUGUGGUUGGCAGAUUUGCUGAAAACCUACGCAGAGUCAGGGAAUGCGCAGGCAGCGGCCACCUGUGAGUAUCCCAGACGCAUCCAGGGACGCUCCGUGGCGACGAUCGCCGUGUUUACAGAAGAGAUGACGGGAGCAGGGACCUGUCAGGAGCAGGACGGGAAGAUGUUCAUGCUGAACAGCACGGCGGAGGUUUGUAACGAGCUGAGCAUGAAGACAGAUUCCCGCUUAAACUUGCUAGAUGAUGGGACCCUGAUGAUCCAGAACACACAGGAGACCGACCAGGGCAUCUACCAGUGCAUGGCGAAGAACGUGGCUGGAGAGGUGAAGACGCAUGAGGUGACCCUCAGGUACUUCGGGUCUCCAGCUCGACCCACUUUUGUAAUCCAGCCACAGAAUACAGAGGUGCUGGUUGGGGAGAGCGUCACGCUGGAGUGUAGUGCCACGGGCCACCCCCCGCCACGGAUCUCCUGGACGAGAGGUGACCACACACCCUUGCCAGUCGACCCACGAGUGAACAUCACACCUUCUGGCGGCCUUUACAUACAGAACGUUGUCCAGGAGGACAGCGGAGAGUAUGCGUGCUCUGCAACCAACAGCAUCGACAGCAUCCAUGCCACUGCGUUCAUCAUCGUCCAGGCUCUUCCUCAGUUCACUGUGACGCCUCAGGACAGAGUUGUCAUCGAGGGCCAGACAGUGGAUUUCCAGUGUGAAGCCAAGGGCAACCCACCGCCCGUCAUCGCCUGGACCAAGGGAGGGAGCCAGCUCUCCGUGGACCGGCGGCACCUGGUCCUGUCAUCGGGAACACUUAGGAUCUCCGGGGUCGCCCUCCAUGACCAGGGCCAGUAUGAAUGCCAGGCUGUCAACAUCAUUGGCUCCCAGAAGGUCGUGGCCCACCUGACCGUGCAGCCCAGAGUAACCCCAGUGUUUGCCAGCAUUCCCAGUGACACAACGGUGGAGGUGGGUGCCAACGUGCAGCUCCCCUGCAGCUCCCAGGGCGAGCCCGAGCCAGCCAUCACCUGGAACAAGGAUGGGGUUCAGGUGACAGAAAGUGGAAAGUUUCACAUCAGCCCUGAAGGGUUCUUGACCAUCAACGACGUUGGCCCUGCAGAUGCAGGUCGCUAUGAGUGCGUGGCCCGGAACACCAUCGGGGCGGCCUCAGUGAGCAUGGUGCUCAGUGUCAACGGUGAGUGCCGCAUGCUCAGGUCUGCACCCGUGGUACCCACAAAGAAAGUCCACAGGCCCCUAGUGCCAUCCCAGGCCAAUUGGCUUAGGUUGUUUAGAAUUGUUCAGAAGACAAAGCAUCCAUGCCUGUCCACGGGCAGAGCCUUGCCCUGCAGCCCAUUCACUGGGCAGAGCAUUGCCCUGCAGCCCGUCCACGGGCAGAGCCUUGCCCUGCAGCCCGUCAUCGGACCCCAUGAUGUCUCCCUGACCCUUCUCCAUGUCACCUGUGGCCACUGGGUGCCGCCCUGCUGUCCUCCGCCCGCAGGCUACCACUACAACGACCUGGUGUCCCCGCAGUACCUGAACCUCAUCGCGAACCUGUCGGGCUGCACGGCGCACCGGCGCGUCAACAACUGCUCGGACAUGUGCUUCCACCAGAAGUACCGCACGCAUGACGGCACCUGCAACAACCUGCAGCACCCCAUGUGGGGCGCCUCGCUGACCGCCUUCGAGCGCCUGCUCAAGUCCGUGUACGAGAACGGCUUCAACACCCCGCGGGGCAUCAACCCCCAGCGCCUGUACCACGGGCACGCGCUCCCCAUGCCGCGCCUGGUGUCCACCGCGCUGAUCGGCACGGAGAGCGUCACGCCCGACGAGCAGUUCACGCACAUGCUGAUGCAGUGGGGCCAGUUCCUGGACCACGACCUCGACUCCACGGUGGUGGCCCUGAGCCAGGCGCGCUUCUCCGACGGGCAGCACUGCAGCUCCGCGUGCAGCAACGACCCGCCCUGCUUCUCGGUCCUCAUCCCCCCCAACGACCCCCGGGCCAGGAGCGGCGCGCGCUGCAUGUUCUUCGUGCGCUCCAGCCCCGUGUGCGGCAGCGGCAUGACCUCGCUGCUCAUGAACUCCGUGUACCCACGGGAGCAGAUCAACCAGCUCACCUCCUACAUCGACGCCUCCAACGUGUACGGCAGCACGGAGCACGAGGCCCGCAGCAUCCGCGACCUGGCCAGCCACCGCGGCCUGCUGCGGCAGGGCAUCGUGCAGCGGUCCGGGAAGCCGCUGCUGCCCUUCGCCGCGGGGCCGCCCACCGAGUGCAUGCGGGACGAGAACGAGAGCCCCAUCCCCUGCUUCCUGGCCGGGGACCACCGCGCCAACGAGCAGCUGGGCCUGACCAGCAUGCACACGCUGUGGUUCCGCGAGCACAACCGCAUCGCCGCGGAGCUGCUGCAGCUGAACCCGCACUGGGACGGCGACACCAUCUACUACGAGACCAGGAAGAUCGUGGGCGCCGAGAUCCAGCAUAUCACCUACCAGCACUGGCUCCCGAAGAUCCUGGGGGAGGUGGGCAUGCGGGCGCUGGGGGAGUACCGGGGAUACGACCCGGGCGUCAACGCUGGCAUCUUCAACGCCUUCGCCACCGCGGCCUUCAGGUUUGGCCACACGCUGGUCAACCCGCUCCUUUACCGGCUGGACGAGAACUUCCAGCCGAUCGCCCAAGGCCACAUCCCCCUGCACAAAGCCUUCUUCUCUCCCUUCCGGAUUGUGAACGAGGGCGGCAUCGACCCGCUGCUCCGCGGGCUGUUUGGGGUGGCGGGGAAAAUGCGGGUGCCCUCGCAGCUGCUGAACACGGAGCUCACGGAGCGGCUGUUCUCCAUGGCGCACACGGUGGCCCUGGACCUGGCGGCCAUCAACAUCCAGCGUGGCCGGGACCACGGGAUCCCGCCCUACCACGACUACAGGGUCUACUGCAACCUGUCGGCGGCACACACGUUCGAGGACCUGAAAAAUGAGAUAAAAAACCCUGAGAUCCGGGAGAAACUGCAGAGGUUGUAUGGCUCAACACUCAACAUCGACUUGUUCCCGGCACUCAUGGUGGAGGACCUGGUGCCCGGCAGCCGGCUGGGCCCCACGCUGAUGUGUCUUCUCAGCACACAGUUCAAGCGCCUGCGAGAUGGGGACAGGUUGUGGUAUGAGAACCCCGGCGUGUUCUCCCCGGCCCAGCUGACUCAGAUCAAGCAGACAUCGCUAGCCAGGAUCUUGUGCGACAACGCGGACAACAUCACCCGGGUGCAGAGCGACGUGUUCAGGGUGGCGGAGUUCCCGCACGGCUACGGCAGCUGUGGAGAGAUUCCCAGGGUGGACCUGCGGGUGUGGCAGGACUGUUGUGAAGACUGCAGGACCAGGGGCCAGUUCAAUGCCUUCUCGUACCACUUCCGAGGCAGGCGGUCUCUUGAGUUCAGCUACCGGGAAGACAAGCCAAUCAAGAAAACAAGAUCACGGAGAAUGCCCAGUGUCAGGAGACGCGGGGAGCAUCUCAGCAACAGCACCUCAGCGUUCAGCGCGCGCUCAGACGCACCCGGGACAAGUGACUUCAGAGAGUUUGUUCUGGAAAUGCAGAAGACCAUCACAGACCUCAGAACACAGAUAAAGAAGCUUGAAUCACGGCUCAGUACCACAGAGUGCGUGGACGCCAGGGGCGAAUCUCACGCCAACAACACUAAGUGGAGCAAAGACGCAUGUACCGUUUGUGAGUGCAAAGACGGGCAGGUCACCUGCUUCGUGGAAGCUUGCCCCCCUGCCACCUGUGAUGUCCCCAUGAGCAUCCCAGGUGUCUGCUGCCCAGCCUGCUUACAGAAUACAGCAGAAGAAAGGCCGUAGGCUCCCGGGAAGCUCCUUGGUGUUUGUCUGUGCCAUCAUGAGAUCAGGUGGCCGAUGGCAGGAGCUGCAGACUGAGACCAGGAAACACCCAGAACUCACGACAUUUCAUGACAACGUCCAGCUGGUGCUGUUACAGAAGGCCUCGUGGGGGACUUCCAAACAGAGCAUCCUCGGGGAAGGAGGCGGAGCAGGCGCCCGAGGGGAAGCAGGCAGGAGUCCUAGCUUCACGUUAGGUUUCUCAGGUUUCUAUUUAAUUCUUUUAAAAUGAAAAAUUGGUGCUACUAUUAAAUUGCACAGUUGAAUCAUUUAGGCGCCUAAAUUGAUUUUGCCUCACCACACUGUUUCUUUUUAAAUACAGCAGGAUACCUCUAAAUCUCAGCCUUGCCUUGUUCAGAUGCCCGGAGCUGGCAGACCUGUCACCCGCAGUGGGGGUAAGCCUCAGAGUUGCCAGGGGCCUCACCAAAAUCGGGGUUCCAUCACAAGCUGUGUUUAAAAAGAAAAUUGGUGUUUGGCAAACGGAACAGAACCUUUUAUGAGAGUGUUCGCAGGGCCACUGUCUGCGGGUACAGGGCAAGCCCCCAGCCUCUUCCCUGGGAACCUCUAAACUCCUUCCUCUGUAACAUUUCACCGCAUGUCAGCAUCGAAUCCUAAGACAAACAUUCCCGCUGCUCGAAGCAGCCAUGUAGCCUGACUCUCCGUGUGUCAGCUCCUUCCACACUUGAUUAGAACAUUCAUAAGCCACAUUUAGAGACAGGUUUGCUUUCAGCUGUAACUUGCAGACAUGCUGCCUGGUUGUGAGCCGGAUGUGAAAACCCUCCUUCAUCCCACUGUGUAUCUAUCUGAUGAUACCUGCUGAGUGGCCCACUGUGUGCAUCAACAGCGUGGCUCCCAGUCGCCCGGGCUGCGCCCACGUCCUGAGCCUCCUUCCCAGCAGAGCACAGGGAACAGUGGCCUCCAGAUGGCUCUUCCCGUGGGAGGAGGGGCUCAAGUGUGGGGACUUCCUAACUUCAGGUUGUGUGAGUGCGUUAAAAAAAAAGAAUCCCUAUACCUCAUUUGUAUUUUUAAAAUGCAUGAUGUUUUAUGAAAUUUUGCCCAUUUUUUAGAUAUUAGAUAUGACAGAAAACCAUUUCCACUAUGCAAAAGUUCUUUAGAAGUCAGUGAAAAUCAACUCUCAUACCUCAUGGUCUCUCUCUUUUUAAUUGACCAAAACCUUCCAUUUUUCUCUACGUACAAAGCGACUUGUAUUCUGAGCAUCAUUUACCCGGACACACAGGUUCAGUGCAGUACACUGACCUGAGCACCCACCAUGUGCCAGGCAUCCACUGGGCACACCAGGCACUGAGGCCAGGCCACCUGCCCUCAGCAAGGCCCAGUGGAGGUGGUGAAGGAGGAAGCCCCUGAGGUUGCGGGCAGUUUCCGUUCAGGGUGGCAGGUGUCCCGCACUGGGGCAUGACGUUGAGGCUGCCGUGGGAUGAGGGAGGCAGGAUGGGCGCAUGCAGUGCCUGGUGUGAUGUGUGCGUGACCCACUCGAGGUGCACGUCCUCCCAAGGAGACACCCAGACCCUUCCAGCAGGAGGCUUCCAGGUUGCUGUGGCGUAGGCAGCAUUUCAGCCAUGAGGAAGGUCAUUGGAUUCAUGUGUCUUAUGUGUAAAAAUGGUUACCUUGACUCCUUAUCCUCAUAUUUGUAAAUGAUUGAUAAAAGUUUGGUGGCAUUUUAUGACACAGGGACUUCUUUUCAAAGAGCAAGUCAAAUGUUGUAACCAGAUCGUGGAAGAGGUUUCUGUAAAACAGGGAAUGUGUAAGUUCGCCUGAAAGCUGAUGGUUAUGUAAGCUGCUUGGGUACUCAGAAGACAGCAGAUUUGGGGUUCUGGAGGGUGUCCGUGCCCCUUACAUGCCUUGGAGGCCUCUGUGGUCUCAGCGCUGCUGCAGCACACAGACACACGUGCAUCAACGUGUGGUCUGGGCCAGCGAAGAGGAAUUGUGUUGUCGAAGCCAAAGGGAGAAGCUGACUGUGAUUACCAAACAAAAUCUGUAAUUCAAACCAAAACGCCUGCGGAAUCACCAGUUUGAUACUGUCUGUAAUCGGAAGAGUGGGCAGUACCUGGGUGAGCAUGUCCAGAGCCGCUGUGUGGGGACCGCUGUGGCGGCGGUGGAGUGUACAUAUUUAUUUACUUUUCUAACUGCUCCAACAGCCAAAUGCCUUUUUUAUGACCAUUGUAUUCAGUUCAUUACCAAAGAGAUGUUUGCACUUUGUAAUGAUACCUUUCAGUUCAAAUAAAUGGGUCACAUUUUCAAAUGGA